GUCAAAAAUGUAGUCAAAUAACUUUUGUUAUUACAGUUCAUUCACUUCAUAAAAUAAUAAGUAACUCUCAGUCCACUGACAUUUUCACUAUUUAAUCUAUUCCGGAUAUUAUAACACUUUUAAGCGUUACCUGGUGUCGAAUUGUUUGCACAGAAAAACUGAAGUACUCAUCAACCACUCGUUGAAGAAUUCAUUUUAACAACAUGGAGGUAUCUGCCACAGCUUCCCAAGAUAAUCAAGUGAUGACAGAGCAGCUCAGAUCGUUACCAAACUGGAAAAAUAAAAAGAGUUGGGAAGUUAGUCUAUUCGAGUGUAAAUCAAUGAGACUGGGAGUUAUGUCUUGUCUGUGUCCUUGUUGUGUUUUUGGAAGUAUAAGUCAAGAUUUGGGCUAUUCUUGGUUCACAUUUUGCUUUCUGUAUUUCUUCACAUUGAUUGUUGCACCUCUCCUAUGGAUAAAUGUACUGCUAGGAUGUUGUUGGCGCAAAAAAUUGAGGCAUAUUUAUCGUAUCAAAGGUAAUAUCAUCUUUGAUUUGUACGCCUAUCUGUUCUGUUGUCCGUGCACACUAUAUCAAGCGGUAGGUCAAAUUGCAAUUGAACGUUACAGAAAGCUAAAAAUCACCGGUGGGAAACUUCAUCCUUAUGCUUCGGGAUUCUUUCGAAGGAUAGGUCAUAGAAUAAUCAAACUUUACAAGAUUCCAAAAGAUAUUGAAGAUGUUCCAUUUGAUAGCCAGUCUUUCUUACCUAUAUAUCUGCGAAAGCGAAAUGAUGCACAAAUGACUCAAGAGGUUCAGUCAACACAAAUAUUACCUCGAACUGAAAAGCCAAUAGUAGUAUCACAGCCAACGAUUUCUGAUACACACUCCAAUAAUCUUCCGGUAUCUCAAAGUCAAGCUAACUCGCAGCUACAUGCAACUCAACAUCCCCUGCAAAAGGCUGUAGCACAUUCAGGAUCUAAUGACCAAAUUAUGCAUGUCUAAUACAACAGAAAGUUGGACAGACAACUAAUCACAUAUGAAAAGGGAUCAUGUUUCCAAUUUAUAUACUUCGUUGUUGUCUGAGACAGAAAAUUCAUAAACCAG